CGCAGCAAGCUAGCCAAGUUUGAACUCACUAAUUUCAAUGAUAUCCCAGCGUCUACGUCACCGCCUUGAUGGGUUCACAGCCCAUUCAUAAGAGCUAAGAGGGCGCACGAUGUGUGUACGUGUGUGUGAAACACAUUUUUGACCUCUAGAUGGUGUAUUCAACUGACGAUAUCGCAGAAGCGAUGAGCUUGCAGUCCGUUAAGUACACACUGGCAUCGAUGGCUACAUUCUGGACCUAUGACUAUGCAUGUUCACUUCAUGAAGAGUGGUCAUUUUUGCUUCGAUCACGCUGGAACAAGAUGAAAGGCCUCUAUAUCAUUACACGAUGCCUCCCUGUUGUCUUUCUGGCCACAAAUCUAUCUAUUUACUUUACCCCAAAUGAGAACCUAGGUGUAUGUGAUGUGGUGGAAGGUUAAAGAUUACUGCGUGAAUUCGCUAGAAAUGCCAGGA